AUUGGCUUCUGUUCCAUUUCUAUGCUAUUCUUUACGUCGUUAGACGCACACAUGAACGCGACAAAUUGAACGCAUCAACAAUGUUACGUAAUUAAAGAAACAUUUUUUACUUAUAAAAUUGAUGUUUAUCACGUGCUACGCUCUCACAAAAAUCAAUUUUGCACAUUCGUGACAUUUUUAUUUUUUUGUCUACUUUAUUAACAAAUUAAAAAAAGAUUCAAUAAUACAUUGAACGAUCUGUGUCACAACUUUUGACACUUGUCUCGUAGCGCUAGAAGUGAGCUGUCAGACGCUUAGAUGCAGGACCUUCGUCCUUGGUCCACUUUUUGGCAAUUUCACUCCGGGCUGUGCAACGGUCAUGAUCAUUAAUGCAGCAGAAGAGGUGUAUAAACAGGCAUUUUUAGUGAGGACGACUUCAGAAGGACACUUCGUUACUGCUGAACUAAAUUCGGAAUUUCAUAAACUUUUUUGACUCAAAUGCAAUACAAUCCCAUCGUAAUAACCACAAAAGGAUUCGUUAUUGUUAACCGCCAAUGCUUUCAUUCAACAUGAUAUCAGUUUGUUUCACGUAUACAUUCAUUUACAUCCAAUUUUACAUCAGUAGGACACCGAGUUCAAACAUAAAAACCAAGUGGACAUUGUUGCCAUGAUAUGUAUGGUGGCAACUCUAUAACAAAUACCUACUGUACAACUCGAUACUAUUGGGUGAAAUUAAAUAUUCAUAAGGGGUAAUUUAUUACACGCGAAUUAAUGAAAAACAAUAAAUUUAUAUCAUUAAAAUGAUAAGAACUGGCUAUGCCAUUUUGAGUAAGGUCAAUUUACGGAAGAACAACAGCUCAAUCGAAAAUUGAAAGUAUUCAUAAUCACCCGAAAUCAUAUAGUGGUUUGAAUUUUUCAUUCAAAAUCUUUGAUUCUAAAACGAGGACCUAGUAAAAAAUCAAUUGCGAAUUUCAACAGAGAACUGAAAGUAGGUAAAAUCAAACCCGAAAGAAAUCCACUGUGUUGAAGUGGAACAUUUAAAAGUUCACAGUUCGAAAUAUCAGCAAAUUUUUUUUUAAUGAUUUUGAUUAGGGAUUAUCAUCUUUCAUUUAUCUGAGUUUUUCGCAGAAAAAAUUCCUUAUCAAUUAAUUAAGGAUGACAGCGUCCGGAUAUUAUCCAGACUUCACCAUUGCUUAUGGUACUAAACUCCGCGAAAUAUCAGUUCUGUACGGAAAUGCAAUUUUUUCGAGCACUCAUCGCUUUGUGGCAUAUCUAAAAUUUAACAUAGAAUAUAAUUAGCCGCUUGGGAAGCAAUCAUUCGUCGUUUUCUCGCCAAAAUUAUAACAUCACUUUUUUCAACUGAAUUCGGAAAAAUAUAUAAAAUAAUCGUUGCAGUUUUGAAUAAAGAAAAUAUUACAAAGUGUUUCAAUUUUAUUUUUAACAUUAGUUUGAAGAGAUAAAAAAUUAACGAUCAUACAUACGAGCUUCCAGUAAACCGGUGAAUAAAUCUUUUUUUCUAAAUACAAAAUAAACAAGAGCACAGACUUGCGCUAUCACAUAUUUCUUCUUUGUGAUGUUCGCAAUAGUGCAGACAGCGAAGGUGAAUCAUCGCAUCGAUAUAGCAGCGACUGUUAUAUGUUGCUCUCACUCUUUUGUUAACCGGGGAAUCCAAAUUUUGGGGAAUCACAUUUAAUACUUUUUUUGGAUUUAUCGAUUGCCGAAUAUUUUUUUUUACCAUUUUGAUUCAGAACCGCAUUGUAAAUUAAAUAAUCUAAUCUAAGAUGAUUCAUGAUAUUCAGUUGUUCCUUCGUUAAGGAUUUCAGUUUGAAAUGACUGCACGUGAAACUCAUCGAAGUUCCUUGAAAUAUUUUCGUAAAUAAAAUCGUUGCAAGUAAAAUCCAUCGCAAGCAUAGAGAUUUCUCGACAUAUGUAUUAUAUACAUAUGUGAUGUAUACGUGAUAUAUGCAGAAAAAAAAAUUGCAUGAGUUCAGCGAAAAAGCAUAGAAAGAAAUCUUAAAGUCAGUAUUUACGAUAUCAAUAUCAUUGAUUACUUCACGGAAACCAGGCAGUGUUUAUUUCAUCCUCCUAAUUUGAUUGCUGAGUUGUCUCAAAUGAUACGCACUGAAACAAAUGUAUCCCGAGUAACUGUACAAAUUUCGAACAAAUUCAAUCACCUAGUGAUCCAAUCACGUUUCAUAGUUAGAAUGCUUGAAUGCAAAGCAAAGUAUGCUAUUUUAUGACUUCCCUUUGAUUUCUUUAACGCAAAAUUUCUUAGUAUGGUGAAAUUGACAUAUUGACAACAGCAAUUUUCGUUGGAACUGUCUUUUUGUCGUUUGAACGUGUUUAUAUGAGAGACGAUCGCUCUGUAAAGUUUGUUUAAACAGUGUAUAAAUCCCUCCGCAUAAAGAUUCUGUUUAUUAUUUUUUUCUUGAAUUGUAUAUGAGCGAAUGAUUCACAAGGAGAGCAGUAAGGCAAUAUAUUCAUAAAUUGGACGGCAAUUCAAUUGCCGCAAUUAUGCCAAUCCGCUGAACGAAAAAACCGUACCAUAAUUUGUCGCAACAAUACAAAACUAAGAACGUAGACGUGAACGCAAGCGACGCAGACUCAACUGGAUGAGAAUUCGUCAAAGCGAAUCGAUGUGUUCAAAGAUAAACUUCGAAAGUAUUUGAGUUGAAUGUGUGAUGAAAUUCCGCACACAAUGGACUUUUGGCUUGGUCAUAACAUCGGUGAUUUUUUCGAUUUAGUUCAUCAGUUUGAUUUGCCCGAGCAAGAGCAUCGACAAUUCAUUGUGCAUUAUUUUAAAUCACAUUUCAUUUGCAGUUAAAAGGAUUACAAGCUGUGAUCACUGAUCAGAAAUAAUUUAAAAACUGAAAUAAAAUCUCCCAAUAAAUAAAAAGCACGAAACAAGCGAUAAAUAAAUUAAACGCUUUUUCUGCUCAAUAAAAAAAUCAUUCAAAUUGGAUAUAAAAAUUUGAAAGUGAAAAAAAUAUCAUAGCAAAAAUGGAACCGGGUAAUGCAGGCAUGGAAAAGCUGAUUCCAGCAAUGAACAAAAUUUUGGACGUGUGCACUCAAGUUGGCGUUGAUAUGCAAUUUGAUUUUCCGCAAAUUGCUGUGAUUGGAUGCCAAAGUGCCGGGAAGAGUUCAGUUUUGGAGAAUUUUGUCGGACGAGAUUUUUUGCCACGAGGCUCUGACAUCGUAACUCGACGCCCGUUGAUCUUGCAGUUGAUCAGCUCAACAGAAGAUAAUGAGGAGUAUGGUGUAUUUAUGCACGACAAGGACAAAAAGUUCACCAAUUUCGACGAUAUUCGUAAAGAAAUCGAGUCUGUCACCGAAGAAAUUGCCGGAAGCAAAAAGGGCAUUUCUCAUAUUCCAAUCAAUUUGCACAUUCAUUCACCAAAUGUAUUGGACUUAACACUGAUCGAUUUGCCGGGUAUAACCAAAGUUGCAGUUGGUGAUCAGCCACCUGAUAUCGAGCAGCAAGUCAGAGACAUGAUCUUCAAGUACAUCUCGAAAGAGAAUUGUUUAAUUCUGGCUGUUUCGCCAGCAAACUCCGAUUUGGCCAAUUCCGAUGCCAUAAAAUUGGCAAAAGAAGUCGAUCCACAAGGCGUUCGCACAAUUGGUGUGAUCACCAAAUUGGAUCUAAUGGAUGAAGGCACCAAUGCUCGAAAGAUCCUGGAAAAUGAGCUGUUGCCAUUGCGUCGUGGCUACAUCGGUGUUGUAAAUCGUUCUCAAAAACAUAUCAACGAAAAGAAAGAUAUUAUGGCAGCGCUGAAGGCUGAACGUAAUUUUUUCAUGGGCCACAAAGAUUAUCGCCGUUUUGCUGACCGUAUGGGCACACCAUAUUUGCAACGAGUGUUGAAUCAACAGUUAACUGAACAUAUUCGCGAUAAGCUGCCAAGUUUGCAGGAUGAAUUGAGCAAGCGGAUGGUAUCGCUCGAGAAAAAAGUGCAAGAAUUCAACAACGUGAAUUCAGAUGAUCCCGAGGCCAUGAAAACAGUGAUGCUUAAAAUCAUUCGACAAAUGCAAUCGGAUUUUGAAAAAGCGAUUGGCGGGCUUGGCAGUGAAGACAUUCGUACCGAAGGGCUGUCUAACGGUGCCAUCAUCUGCAAAUUGUUCCAUGAACGUUUGCCACGUGACAUUUCGCAAAUCUCUCUGGACAGCGAUCAGAUGCGUCGUGAGAUUAACUUUGCAGUGAGCAACAUUUACGGUUAUCGUGGUGUUUUGUUCGAACCAUACAUGGUGUUCGAAGACAUUGUGAAAAAGCAAAUUGAACGACUAAAAGAGCCGGUUCUUAAGUGCAUCGAAUUGGUGGUAGGCGAGUUAACUUCGGCUGUUCGGUUUUGCACUCAGCACAUUGCAAAUUAUCCGAAUUUACGCGGUGACAUUGAAAACAAUAUCAUUUCAUUCAUCCAUAACAACGCGCCAAGAUACAAACAAAAUAUUUUAUCGCUGACCGAUAUGGAGCUCGCCUACAUGAAUUACAGCCAUGACGAAUUCAUGAAGAACAUAACACCACGAAAAGCUAAGGGUGAAAUAAGUGCCAGCAGUUCAGUUUUCACCGAUUCUGCCGUGGAUGUAACUGGAUGCUCUCGAAUCGAGUCAAUCCCAGAUGAAGCGGCCACACAUACCUUAAAUGGGGAUAACGAAAGUAUGCAUUCACUAGAGGGUGAAGAAUCAAAAGCAAAUCAUGAAACGAAGGAUGCCAAAGAUGCAAAAGAUGAGAAGGAAAUGAAAAACUAUAAUAUAGAUCCGUCACUCAAUCGAACCGUCGGUGAUAUUUAUGAAAAAAUCGAUUCUUACAUGCGCAUUGUCAAAAAAACCACACGUGAUAUGGUCCCAAAGGCGAUCACAUUGUACGUCGUAAAAGAAUUGCAAGACUACAUCAACGAUAAGAUUUUAAUGGAUUUUCUUGGUCUUCCAAGCGAUGAAUAUGCUGAAAAAUUCGCGUUGAGCCCAGAGGAAGCUCAAAAACACGAUAAAAACUCCAAGACGUAUGAAGCAUGCAAAUCAGCACUUGAAAUUAUUCGUACUGUGUCAAAGGAAACCGCUCAUGGUGUCAUCGCCAAUGGAGAACAAAAAUUGGCCCGUUCGUCGACUCCAUCGAUCGAUUAGUGACUUCAGUAUCACCGCGCUACUUGGACUUACUACCAUUUAUCAAUUUCAAUACACUUUUUUUCCUAUCUAAGAUUUAGCAUGUAAUUUCAAUAAUCCAUUUAUGUUCAAUUUUCUCAGUUAGACACAGCCAAAACAUUAUACACCUUUGUAAAAAAAGUUUCGUUGUUGCCAAAUAGUUUGCCGAAUAAAAGUACAUGCCAUUGAA